AAACAAAGUUUAAUUUUAGAUAAGGUGGAUUUCAAAUUUAUUCUUGGAAUACCUCCUCCAGAUGAAUAUACACCCGAAUUAAAAUCUCUAUUAACUAUCGAAAAUAACACUUAUGGUGACCUUAUAAUGCUGGAUAUUGAAGAGAAUAUGAACAAUGGCAAGGCGUAUUUUUAUUGGAAGUGGGUCGCUGGGUACACUGACACGCAAUACAAUUACGUUAUAAAGGCAGAUGACGAUGCAUUCGUUCACUUUCAAAAUUUGGCUCUCAACCUUCGACCAUUGCCACGAGAACAUUUGUAUUACGGAUUAGAAAGUCCUGAUCACUUCAUCUUUGGAGAACUCGAGGUUCUAUCUGUAGAUCAUGCCCGCAUGAUCGCCUCUUCUCCAUACAACCAAACAGAAUGGAAUGGGAACGAGGAUCGAUUUUUGGGAUACUGGUUGAUGAAUCACGCAAAUUCAACUCUUAUUCGAAUUCCAGAAAAUUGUUUAAUUUUUAAUGACCCAAGAAUUAAAAGACGGUUUUGUUGGAGACCAUGGGCAUCACCAAACUCUAUCGUCAUUCAUCGACUAAAAGAAAUACCUGCAUGGAAAAGUGUCAUUGAUCUAUACUUUCCUGAUUGA